CUCCUGCUCCCAGCCCGGCUGGUGGCUGGGCCCUGGCUCCUCUUAGCUCUGUCUGCCUGGGCGUUCAAUGAUUGUAGCUGCCAUCAGCACAGAUCUGCAUGUUCAGCACUGACACCCGGUCCCCUCCCCGCACUGGUCUAUAAAUGCCCCGGGCCCGGCCAGUGUCCCAUGCAGGCUGCACUUGGACUGGCCUUGCACCAGAGCAGCUACCCAGCGAGACACUCAGGGGAAGUGAGAAGAUGGGGCCAGUCACCUACUUCAGCCUCUGCCUCCUCGGCUGCCUGAUCUUUAGCCCCUCGCUGGCCGGGGUACAGGCUGUGUCCUGUCCCGGGUGCUGGCUGCCCUUCCAAGACAGCUGCUAUCGAUACAUCGCCCAAGAGAAAAACUGGACAGAUGCUGAGGCUGAGUGCCAGCACCACUGGCCCGGGGCCCAUCUCGCCUCCAUUCACAGUGCGGAGGAAAAGAACAUGCUGGCCCAUUACAGCAAGCCGCACCCCCCAAAGGUGACUCAUGUCUGGAUCGGACUCUCAGACCCCAAGAAGGUGACUGGAGGUGAUCGAGACUGGAGGUGGUCAGAUGAAUCCCCGUUAAGCUUCAGACCUUGGGAUGAAGGACAACCUGAUAAUCGUUUAGGAAACGAGCACUGCACAGUGUUAUUUUACAAUACGGAUUAUCAGAAAUGGCACGAUUUUCGCUGUGAAGAGAGAUACCCCUUCAUUUGUAAGCGCAAACCCUAGGGGAGGCAGGUCGCCUGCACCUGGGGGCUCCCAACACCUGGGCUGUGACUGAAUCGGGUCCCUCCCACUCCCCGGGGAGACCAGGUCCUGUGUCCCUGGCUGCAAAGUCCCUUCUGCAAAGCAUCGCUGAGUUACGCUGUGUCACUCCGGCUCUGCUCUGCCCCCUUCUCUCCCUGUCGCACCCACGCUCUGCUCUUCUCAGCCAUCUCAGCACAGUGCAGUGAUAAUAAACUUUCCCUCGAA